GGCAGGAGGUUUCCUGUGGGAGGUGGUGGAGUGGAUCAUGCGUGGGGCAACGUGGGAAGCUCAGAUCGCCGUGACGUAGGAAAGGCACAAGAUGAGGUUGCAACACAUUUUCUUCCAGGAGCAAAGGAAAGCUUCCCCUCUUUCUAAGUAAGAAAAGAGAGGAAGGAGAAAUUGGAUUAUUCUCGGCACUCUGCUGUCCUGCAUGUUUUGCCUUUGCUGUUGUCUGCCUUUUAGAGACCAAUUUGUCUUAUUUAGGAAUAAAACAGAAAUUUAUGUGCUGCUGCAGACUCUGAUUUUUCCUUUCAGAGGAGCUGUUGGAUAAUCUGCUCCUCUCAUUUUUCCUAGAGGAACAGAAUUGCCUGAUGUGACCUGGCCUCACCCAUUCAUGUUUUCCCAUGUGACUCUUGAGGGCUCCAACUCCACCUUCUAUUUCUUCCUGUCUGGGAGCACAAUUUAUAUCCUCGACUCAUUGAUUUGAAAGCAGGAAAAGCCACUUUGAAACACAUCAGCAAAGGGGUGUGGGUCACCCUGGGUAGAGCAGGUUAGGGUAUGGACCAGAAGGCAGCACUCCAGGUGCUUUUUUUACUUACAGCAUCAGAGCAAGACUCUGUGCCUCAGGUCCUCAUGAACACACAAGGAAUAGGAGCCAUCUCAAAACUCUUCUCGGAGAAGAUUCUUCCUUCUGCCUGCACAGCCCACGAGCUGUUCUUCUCUUUGCUCGUGCCACCUGCAACUCCUCUGCCAACAAAACUGCCCCAUUUUUGCCAUUUUUUGGUGCUACAGUUUCUCUGUCUCCUGUUCUCGGACACAAAGAUCAUCCACAUUCUCCCGAUCCUGUUCCCAUACUGUCAGACCUUUCCUGUGGGAGUAGCUGAGGAGCUUCCCUGUUGCACAGUAACUGCCAGCCAUGGGCACCUCAGAUGGGAAAAGGUGGUGUCCGAGGACUUGUAAUAAUUAAGAUGUCCAGAAACCUUUGCCUCUCAAUCUUGUCUCCAAGGCACGAGAUAUACUCAGCACCUGAGGAAAAGCUGGGCCACCUGUGAGGAAGAAAAAGGUGGGAGUUAGGAACCAGCUGAGACAUGAGAAUGCUUAUUUAGAAGCUUUUAUUAAAAUAUUAGGGAGAGAGGGGAGUGUUCUCCUAACAUGGUCACCACAGGUCAUUCCAGGAGCGGCUUCUCAGUGGUUGAGGCAUUUAGUGCAGAAGUGGUAGAAGCCUUGAAAUCUGAAAUUGUGCCUGUUUUGAUGAACUCUGGCAGCGAAAGGGGGAAGGACCGUGCAGAAGGAUCCGGCACAGCGCCGGAGGAUCUGGCUCAUUCAGCCAGGACAGUCACCCUUUGAAUGGAAGGAUCAUGACUGAUGCAUGGGCGGACCUUGGGUGGGAGGGGGAAGACAGGGAGCACACCCUGGGGCAUCAUAAAUAGUCAGCUGGGGGGAGAUGCCUCCAGCACAGAGCUCAUCUGAGGGGUGGACGCUGCUGACGCCACGUGGCAUCACUCCCAGGACAGAGAUGUGUGUGGGGAAGUGCAGCCGGAUUGUGGGUCCCUGCCUGCUGGCCCUGGGCACGCUCUCCAUGGCAGCCAGCAUCCUCCUGCUCUUCCCUGGCGGAGCAUCCAAGUACCUGUGGGAGGGGCACAUCAGCAGACACGCCCUGGCCGUGCCGGGUGUCUGGGGCGGCGGCAUCCCCGUGCUGCUGGCAGCGACCCACAUCACAGCACUGGGGUGGCGAUGUGCCGGCUGCUCCGACUGCGGCACCCGCUGGAAUGCCUUCAUCUCCACCGUGCUCUCCAAGCUGGCGUUCCUGGGCGCUGCCGCCUGCUUCGUCCUCUCCGGGGUGGGUUUGACCAACGGCCCCCUCUGCUUCUACAACGCCUCUGAGCACAGCCUGGGGCACGGAGCCCUCUGGGGUUACCCCUUCCCGGAUGCCGCUGGCCAGGCGCCUGAUGCCAGGGCUAAGACCUACCUCUACGAUCGGCACACCUGGAGCAUCUGCCUGGAGCCAGAGGGCAUCGUGGCCUGGAACGUCGUCCUCUUCUCCAUCCUGCUGCUCGUCAGCGUGGCCGAGAUGGUGCUGUCCUUCCUCCAGAUCCUCAACGGCUGCCUCGGCUGCCUCUGUGGCCUCUGUGAGGGCAAGUAGGGCCCGGGGGCAGUGCCAGGAGGCUGCGCUCGGAGGAGGUGUCACCCCUGGUGUCACUUGGCUGGUGGCACAUGCCGAACUGGAGGUAUGGUAGGAACUGUGACACCGGCCCUUUGGGGUUGGAAAGCAGCCAGGUGAGGGAUGGAGGUGAGGACUCGGCUCAUGGCACCCCAGCACGAGCCCAGCGGCUUCCUCGGCUGCCUCCACCCACCCCAGUGCAAGAUGUGACACAACAGUGUUUGCAGAGACAAGAGCGGGACACUAAUUUAAUUUUUCUUAAUCAGUUCGUAUUUAGGGCAGCUGGGCUGGUGUUUGUCACCUGCAGAGGGCAGGAGAGGGGAAGGAGACCAGAGAAGCAGAGCUGGGCUCUGGCUGGAGCACUUGGAUAGAGUCCUGCUGGAGGAGGCAGGGCUGGAAUUGAGGUGUAGCCCCCCAAAGUUCCCCCCCACACAAAUGUCAGAAGCAGCUGCUGCUCAUCCCCAGGACCAGGACCCCACUGCUGUGCUUACAGGGGGGUCACUGGUUUCAGCGUAUCUCCCACUCCCCUAAACUCAGCCCCAGUGUGGGCCUGAGCCUGCCCGUGCUGGGAGGGUGUUUGGCCCCCACUGACAAGGGCCAAGGAAAGCAGUGAUGGUGGCAGCAGAUUAAAAACACCAAAGCACUGAGCCAGAUUAAACAGUAACUGGGCCACUGUGGUGGUUUAACCCCAGCUGGCACCUGAGCACCACACAGCCACUCCCUCACCCCCAUCCCAUGGGAUGGGUGGGGAGAGAAUCAGAGGCGUAAAAGUGAGAAGGCUCAUGGGUUGACAUAAGAGCAGUUUAAUAAUUGAAAUAAUAAUAAUAAAUUGUAAUGUAAAGGAAAAUAAUAGAGAGAUAGAAAUAGAACCCAAGACAGACAAGUGAUGCAACACAAACAUCUCUUUAUCAUCAGCCCAAAUCCAAAACCCAGCCCCAUCCCAGCUGUGGUGAAGGAACUGAACUCUGCUCCAGCCCAAACCCUCGCAGUGACUUCAGGGAGACCACUGAGAAAAAGCCUUUUCAUGAAAAAGAAACUAUUUAACGUUAUAUAACACGAAACAUUUAUAUAACAUAUAAAACAUUUAUAUAACACAACUAUUUAUAACAACGGGAGGGAAACUCCCGGAGCAGGGUGGUGGUACCAGAUGUGGCACAGCUGGAGCACCGUGUCCCCCUGACCCAGCACACAGGGAUGGCACAGGGUGCCCCCAGCUGCCUCCUUUUGGCAUUGCUGUUGCCCCCCAGUAUCUGUUUCAUGAGGUGGCUCUUGCUGGAAAGGAGCCUGGGGCUGUGUGGGGUGCACAAGCCUCCCCACCAACCGAUACAUAAUUAAAAAAAUAACAAUAAAAGUGAGAUCAAAUCCAGCCUGGGGAUGGUAACACUGCUCUGUGUGAUGUGGCCGUGCUGGAUGGGGGGUGUGGGACCCCAGGCUAUGGGUUGUUGUCCCAGGAUCUGGCACUGGGGGGGUGGGGGGAGCUGGCCUGGGGGGUCACUAGGACACGGGGCAGCUCCUUCGGCCCCGCUUCCCGCGGCGCCGGGGGCUGCGGCCCUGGUGGGGAGCAGUGGCUGUCACGGGGAUGUUCUGGAGCACGUCGUGCAGCGUGAACAUGCUGAAGGAGAUCUGCUCGUAGGGCGACCUCGUCCCGUUCUCGUAGAGGCAGGCGAAGGCGAUGGCCGUGCCACCGGCCACCGGGGCCUCCGCGUAGGGCAGCUCCAUGUAAGCCAGGUCUGAGUAAGCGCUCGGGCCCUCGUAGAUGACCCAGGGCUCUGUCCAGCUCUCUGCAUCCCUGGGGAAGGUGCUCAGGUGAACCCCCAUGUUGACCCGCGACAUGGAGCUGGUGGGGUGGGAGUAGAGGAUCCAUGUCGGCGCUUGGAAGAAGGGAGUGGGGCUGGGGGUCGCUGCAGGGUCCCCCUGGGCCAAGGUGGCACUGUGGGCUUGUUGGUGAUGCCCUGGGGUAGGACAGUCCUCAUCGGGCUCGUCUGGCUUGUGGUGGCUGCCGGUGGCCACAGUGGGCAGCUCAUCACCUGCUGCCUUCCAGGUGGGCAGGUACCGAAACCCCUGGAACAUCCCGGGGAGCAGCCGUCGAGCUGAGCCCCGGAGGGGCAACACAGAGUCCUGGGAGAUGGUGGGGACAUACACAAAUGGUGCUGGGAAGCCGAUGACACUGCCAUGACAGCCAUGGGGGGGCUCGACCAGCCGCUGGACCAGCUGCCCCCUGUGGAAGACAGCCCCGUCAUCCGUGCUGAGCGCCUGGACCCUGAAGCCCAGCGGGCUGCGGGCGUUGCAGUACAGGACGUUGGAUCCAUCCUCCUCAUCCACCGAGACCAGCUGGCACUCGCC